ACUUAUGAUUAUUCCAUGUUUUUAUCUCUCCGAGCUGCGGUAUUAUUAGCAGCGGGCGGCCGCGGCCGAGCCUGCGCGGGGCGAGGAGGCUCCGAGGGGGACCCGCGCGGGGUGCGGAGGCUCCGAGGGGGACCUGCGCGGUCCGAGAGGCGGAGUCUCGGCGACUACGCCCCCCGGCCCCCACGUCCGUGGAGGGGAGCCCGGGCCCCUAGCUUCUAUUUACUCUUUCAAUCAGUGCGAGUGUUUGCCCCUGGCCGGCGUGCACGCGCGGGUGAUGCGCUAGCCAUGAUCUCGCAGAAACUGUCUUACGGCGACGUGCCGACGUCCACGUCGCUAUCCUCGUUGUCGCCGGGCCUCGCGCCGCCGUACGUUAACGGCAUGGGCUGCAUGCCGGCGCAGCCCUAUCCGAACCUCUACACCAACAACAUGGUCGCUGGAGGAUCCUGCAUGGUCUCGCCUGGGGUCGGCUACUCGCCGCCCAGCACCAUGGCGUCCUGUAUGGGUGGCGGCGGAGCUGUACCCUACGGAUCGCUACCUCGUGAGCAGGAGGCCGCCUCGCCGACGUCGGCGCUGCAGCGAGCCCGCAACGAUAAGACCUACCGACGCUCCUACACUCACGCGAAACCGCCAUACUCAUACAUAUCUCUCAUAACGAUGGCCAUCCAGAAUAACCCAUCGCGAAUGCUCACGUUGUCCGAGAUCUACCAGUUUAUCAUGGACCUGUUCCCGUUCUACCGACAAAACCAGCAGCGCUGGCAGAACUCGAUAAGGCAUUCGCUUUCAUUCAACGACUGCUUCGUGAAAGUGCCGCGCACUCCUGAUAAGCCAGGUAAGGGAUCUUUCUGGACGCUGCACCCGGACAGCGGCAACAUGUUUGAGAACGGUUGCUUCUUACGACGACAAAAACGCUUCAAAGAUGAGAAGAAGGAAUCUCUACGACAGGCUCAGAAGGUGGCUCAGGGUCACGGGCACCAUGGAGGGCAUGACAAGCGUGAGCACUCACAUGAGAAGAGUGGCGGCGGCGCCGUGCCUGGUGAAGAGAAAGAGAUGCGAGACGAGCUGCUGGCUCAGCUCCAUGCGGCGCCCGAGCUCUGCCUGCCCGAGCACACGCCGCUCUCACUCGAGCACUACGCUCAGCUCAAACAGGAACCCACAGGCUACGCUCCCGCGCCUCAUCCGUUCAGCAUCACACGACUCCUCCCUGGCGCUGACACCAAAUCCGACCUGAAGAUGUACGACGUGAACUACGGCUACGGCCACGCGCCCGACCAGUACUACCAGUCUCCGUUGUACCAUCAUCAUGCCCACGCGCACGCGCAGCCUCCCUUGUGACAAUACCCGCUGGCGUAGGCCCGCCCUGCACCAGCCGCGGGUAAGUCCCGCUAUGCCUAACUUUGCGGACUAAUCUCACUAACUUUACGGACACGUGUGAGUGAUUUGUGUUCUUGUGAUAGCGCCGUUCGGGGUAAAUUAUUGUGUACAUAUUUUUGGGUCGUUGUGCAUUUUAGUAGUAGAUGUUCAGGCACGGGUGACGAGCCCCGAGCGGCGGCACAGUUAGGCCUAAACCGAACAUUCAGACUAUCAAGUGUUUGCGAACCGAUGUCCAUUCGUAUACCAAAUCUUAUUGGAAUCGUAACUGAAUACUCGUCUUUGACAGCGUCACUCUACGUCUGUGUUUUUUGUUUGGUCCCAUUCAACAAAACGUAUAUUUUUCCGCCCAAACAAUCAUCUCGUUAUGAUAUAAUGUGUUCAGUAAUCGUGGCGAUGAUACGAUCGAUAGUCGAUACUAUGGCCUUAUCUGUUGACACCCACUGAUAUGCUAUUUGGACGCGUUGAUGUCUUUUGUUUAAAUAUAAUAAAUAUAUAAUUUAAAUUCUCAUUAAAGUCCAUAAAUAUCGACAGAUGUAAUAAAAAAUGUAAAUUACAUUACAUAAUAGUUAUAUUAUUUAUGUUGUAGAGGGACGAGAGAGAUAAUUAUGAAUGUAAAUAACUUUAUAUUAUAAUAAGAAUUCUUAGUUUUAUUUCGAUGAGAUUGCACAUAGCUUUGUGUUACAGAGGUGUAGAUGGAGAAAAUGAAAAUGUUUAUUGAAAUAUGAAUUAGAUUUAUUAUUUUGUAAAAAUAAAAGUAUAUGAAGAUUUGGUAUAAGAAUGCGCGAUAGAUAUCUUUAAUGGAACGGAAAAUUCUAGAGUUCGAACCGGCUAUAUAAUACGGAGUCGUUUUAACAACUGAACCAUGAGAACUACGAGUUUUCCGCUCUACAAAGUCUUUAUCGUAUCAUAUCUAACGAACAGUGCAAUGUUUGUAACAAAUUUGUAAAAUAUAUUUACUUCUAAUAGAUAGGAAAAGGCGGAGUUCUUGUCCUGUGAACAUGGCAUUUAGGAGUUUUUAAGUUGUAAAUAUAUAUAUAAGAUCUUCUAAAUUAUGGUGUUUGGUGUAAACUGAGAACCUAUCUAUGUUCAGCACGCUACCUAUAUAUGUUUAUACUCAAGUGUAAAUUUAGCAUUAUUUUAUAUUAUUAUGAAAGGCGUACGUACGCAGCGCUGUGAUCAAACCAUCCGGUCUUAAUUGAUGAGAAUCAAUCGAUUAUUAUAGUUUUUGUUUAUAUGUAAAAAAUAUCUUUAUGUCCGAUCAUAUUAAAUGCUAUUCAGAUUCCACAAAAACGUCUAUUCAUUGAAGUGAGUGUUUCAAUUGUUGAUCGCCUUGAGACGUAACCUUGUGAAAAGUCGCAGCCGUAAUAAUUUUUGAUGAUGACAUCACACGUAUCAACAAAACAUAAAAUACGCUACCGCGUUUAAUAAGAAAAUUCACUGGGCGUUGUUUUUUAUAAUUAAUAUAGAUAUAUAUGGAUUAUAAUGAUUUCUAUGUUAUGAUAUAUCCGUAUGUUUGAUCAUUACGUGAUCGGUUAUAUUACGUUACGUAAACUACGCACGUACGCCGCCUGCUGUUGAAUAUGAUACUUAUGCUAAAUUCAUUCUUGUAGCUAUAAAUACAUAUUGUUAUAGGAUACUAGAGAGGUCACUUGUAUUAUCAUCUGUUAGUUUCAGAGUUAAUAAAAUUAAGUUUA